AUGGUAGGCAUGAUUACGCCCAUUUCACAGGUCUACAUCACUGUGCUGGAUGAGAACGACAACAGUCCCCGGUUUGACUUCACCUCCGACUCGGUGGUCAGUGUGCCUGAGGACUGCCCUGUGGGCCAGCGCGUGGCCACCGUCAAGGCCCGGGACCCCGACGCGGGCAGCAAUGGGCAGGUGAUUUUCUCCCUGGCCUUGGGCAAUGUCGCUGGAGCCUUCGAGAUCGUCACCACAAAUGACUCUGUUGGAGAAGUGUUUGUGGCCAGGCCCCUGGACAGAGAAGAGCUAGACCACUAUAUCCUCAAGGUUGUGGCAUCUGACCGUGGCACCCCUCCACGGAAGAAGGACCACAUCCUGCAGGUGACCAUCCUGGAUAUCAACGACAAUCCCCCGGUGAUCGAGAAUCCCUUUGGAUACAAUGUCAGUGUGAACGAGAACGUGGGCGGGGGUACCGCUGUGGUUCAGGUGAGAGCCACCGACCGUGACAUUGGCAUCAACAGUGUCCUGUCCUACUACAUCACUGAGGGCAACGAGGACAUGACCUUCCGCAUGGACCGCGUCAGUGGUGAGAUCGCCACGCGGCCCGCUCCACCCGACCGCGAGCGGCAGAGCUUCUACCACCUGGUAGUCACUGUGGAAGACGAGGGCACCCCCACACUGUCGAGCAGCUCGGUGGUAUGGUACAGAUUGAGCCUGGACCUCGGGGACUAG